UUUAAGCAUGGAUGCCUCUCCUGCAGUUCUACAAAAUGCAGUUUACAUAGUAUCACACUCCUAUAUCACUACCAAUUCCAAUACAGACACAAGUGCAACUAUUUUCAUUUUCUCUCUCUCUAUGCGAUUCUCUGUUAUAGUAAUACCUAAGAACUGAAGGGUUUCUUUAUCAGCAUCAGAUUUUUCUUUAACUGAAAGGGCAUAAAUAAAGUUACUUACAGGUUCCUCAGAGAAACCAGGGAAGCAUGCACUCCAAUUCCAAGAAUUCAAACCUCAGAGAAUCCAGUUUUUAUGAGAUUUCAAAUUCCACAUUACUUUCCGAACCUUGGUGGAAAAAAACUGGAUACAGUUCCUUCCCAACAGUAAUGAUGCAAGGAAAUGCAUCAGAUUCAACGUCAUUGGAGCAAGCUAUGGAUGGCCAAUCACACUCUGAGGAUGGCACGAAUGAUGGAGAUGCUGCUGCGGCCAAACAAUCACGUUGUAAUAUUCCUCCGCAUCCAGAUAGAAAUUAUGGAGUGGAAGAUCCUAAUUUACCACAUGGUUCUUUGACCAUACGUCCAAGGAGUUUCGACAACCUAGUGCAGCCCCCACAUCAGGAGUUUGUUGGGCACUCGAUCGCCUGUGCUUCGAAUCCGCGUGACCCAUAUCAUGGAGGAAUGAUGGCAGCUUAUGGUCAGCCUUUGGUUCCUCCUGAUUUAUUGGAUGUGCAUCAAGCCAGAAUACCUUUGCCUCUUGAGAUGGCACAAGAGCCUGUUUAUGUGAACGCCAAGCAGUACCAUGGAAUUUUGAGGAGAAGGCAUUUGCGUGCUAAAGCGGAACUCGAGAGAAAGGCAAUAAAAUCUCGAAAGCCUUAUCUUCACGAGUCCCGACAUCAACAUGCACUGAGGAGGGCAAGAAGUUCUGGAGGACGUUUUGCAAAGAAAUCUGAUGCGGACCUUUUGAACAGGACAGUGUCUGGCUCGGCUAUCUCAUCACGUUUUGAACCCUUGCCCUCGGAGUUCAAUGGAUCGGAAGUUCACGAAGUUCAGCAUAUACAUGGCAAUGAUCUCAGCAAUUUUAGAAAGAGAACCAACCCGCAAGAGCCAGCAUAUGAUUCUCGUUUUGGCUAGCGAUGGGAGGGACGCACUUCAGGCCAGCAGCGGUGAAACAUCCAGUCUAACCAUGAACUCUCCAUUCAGUGAACUUAUCACUACCUCGUCGUACUAUCACAUUUUUGAGCUUCAUGGGAAUUCUUGAAUGUGUUUGUUUAAUACCAAAUGGAUAGUAUUUAUGAAUGUAUAGUUGAAGUUGAUCUUUAAUUUUGACGGAAUAGAAAAAGAAUCUAAGCUAUGUUUUAGGAAACACAAAAGUAGGAAGUAUAGUAGAUAGGAUUUGGUAUGACACUUUUAAUUAAGUGGAUUUUACA